CAGUGCUGAAAAAUGGCUUCUCUGAGGAGCCCGUCUUCGCCGUCCGACGGUUAUAAAAGGUUUAGUGACGAAUUUACAUCUACCAGCGUCAACAAUUACGGCUCAAACGUGACAAACACCCGGACGGGCACAGAUGGCGCCGGCGACGCGGGCGCCCUCGACAUGGGCAGCCGGUCGUCGCUGCACACCGGCCUGCACAUGUCAGAAGACGAGCACUGGGAGAUGAACUACCAUGAAGCAGCUAUCUAUUUGGAGGAAGGUCAAAACAAUGAAAAAUUCGACUCCCACCCGUCGAGCCCUGAAGAGCUGCCGGCGUACCUUCGCGUCCACAACCCCUGGUACCACGGGCUGGACUUGAUGGCUUCGCUGAUACUCAUCCUGCUGGCCUUCACCGAGGUCCCGGCCGUGCAUGCCUUCGGGCUUCCAGUAUGGGCACACGGCACGAUAGAGCUGCUAGCACUCUCCGUGAUAGGCAUCGAGCUGCAUCUGAAACUCAAGUGGAUAGGGUGGAGCACGAUACUCAAACAUAAAAGAACUAUGAUUAAGGGCAUAACUCUCUUCAUCAUGGUGCUAGAAGCAGUGGUGGUGGUGUGUCGACAGUCGUCCCACUUCCGAGUGACGCGAGCGCUUCGUCCCAUCUUCCUCGUAGACACACGGCACUGCGGCGGCGUGAGACGGUUUAUACGGCAGAUAUUGCAGUCGUUGCCGCCUAUUAUUGAUAUGUUAGGUUUAUUGAUGUUCUUCGUGGCAACGUAUUCGUUGCUGGGCUAUUAUUUAUUUUCGGAGCACGUAGAUAAUGGACAUUUCAAAACCAUCAGUGAUUCAUUUGUCAGUAUGUUCGUCUUGCUGACUACUGCCAAUUUCCCAGAUGUGAUGAUGCCUUCGUAUGCUAAGUCGAAGUGGUACGCUUUGUUCUUCAUCUUGUAUAUUAUCACAGUCCUCUAUGUUCUUAUGAAUUUGAUGUUGGCGGUGGUUUACGAGACAUUCACGCGUAUCGAGCGCGAGAAGUGCCGCGCGUUGCUCCUGCACCGGCGCCGCGCCGCUCGCCACGCCUUCCGCCUGCUGGUGUCGCGCCGCGCGCCGCUCGCCGUGCGCCUGCGACACUUCGCCGGCCUCAUGAGGCACUAUGCGCCGCACUACUCCGGCCUGGACGUGUACCUGAUGUUCAAGCAGCUCAACCAAUCGGGCACCGGCGGGCUCUCGCGAGCCGAAUUCGCCAACUUGUACGAAGUGUUCGCGCUGCGCUGGCGCGGGCAGGCGGCGCGCGCGCCCUGGUACGCCACGUCGCCGCUCGAACCCGCCGGACGCGCCGCCGCCGCCGCUGUUAGAUGGCCAUACUUCGAAUACUUGAUCUACGCCCUAAUCAUCGGCAAUGGCGUGUCUAUGGUGUUGCGGGUGUGUGAAGCGGCCGGCAACCUGCAGGACAGCGCGCGGCUACUCUGUGCCUCAUGGGACACAUGGCUGUUCUUGUCACUGUUCCUGGUUGAGGCAGGACUACGGAUGGCAGCAUCAGGACUGACUGCGUACUUGGAAAGCGGCUGGAACGUUUUCGACCUUAGUGUGACGCUGCUAGCACUGGUGGGCGCUGUCAUGCUGACUGUAGCGCCUGGACUCUUCAUCGUGGUCAUAUUCAGGCCGCUUAGACUGAUGCGCCUGUACAAGCUGAAGAAGCGCUACCGCGACGUGUUCGGAACUCUAGUCCUGCUGUCGCCGCUCAUGUCGUCUGCUGGCUGCGUGAUGCUGGUGGUGUACUACUUCUUCGCCAUCAUCGGCAUGGAGCUGUUCUCGCAGUACAACCUGCGGAACUGCUGCGUGUUCUACCUGUUCACGAUGGUGGUGCUGACGAUCGUGGUGGCCAGCGUGCUGGAGGCCUUCCGCUUCCGCAUCCAGUACAAGCGCAGCACCACCAAGAGGGACGAGGAGAAGUUACUCCACGAGGAGGUACACACGAGCUGGGAAGAGGCUCAGAGACUGGGUGCCAGCGGGGACUUGGCUGAAGAACUGAGGCCGUACUUACCGCCUGGGUCGGAGGUGACGUUCAUCGGGUCGCGGCCGCGGACGAAAGAGGUCCUGCAGCGGAGGAUGUACCAGGCCGACAUACAGAAGUGGCUCGCCGAGGAAGACGAAAAUGAGGGAGUGCCGCCGUCCACGACGCUGACGUCGAGCGAGGACCCGCUGGCGCCGCCGCUGGUGGGCGCGGCCAACGAGCAGCGCGUGGCCGUCCGCGGCGGGUACCAAUUGUAGAGGUGGAUACUAGCGGCGCUGCGGCAGCGGGCGCUCCUCAUAUGGGACACUCUGGAGGCGCUGUGACUCCGCGCGCUAGCUCUGUGCGCGCGCCUGCGCAACUUCUUUAGUCGAUAAUCGAAUCGACACAGAACUGUACAAGUGUCAUUCUGUACGAAUGUGUCAAGGUCUUUAGGGCCAGUAGAGGUUUAUAGACUAAGAGCUGGUGAACGCCAGACCUACGUCAUUUUAUAAAAGCUGAAAGUUUGUCAGCGUAUGCUCCCAGUUGGUGGAUCAUGAAGUUUGGGUCAUCGUGGCUUUGGCAGCUAUCUUAAAAAAACUGUCUGGCAAGGAGUUGGAACUGUCAAAUGUAUCUGGCUGAUGUGGAAACAACUUUACACAACAACGCCGUUCACUAGCUCAGUCUAUUAUUUUUGGGAGUUCUUGUCCGAAUCUUUGUUGGACUUGAAAUUGCUGAUUGGUUUUUUGUUUGGUUUACGAUAGCUAUUUAAAUCUGGAUGUAUACCAAU